AUGUAUAAUACAGCUCACACAGCGGCAGCAAUAGUGCUCACGACCAUAUUUUCUCUGAUAUUGCUUGCUGGAAGCACAUCAGCGAAAGAUUCCGGAUGCCCAGAUCAUGCAUACAAAGUCCUCCUCUUCUCGCAAGACCCACUGGUGAUAUACAUUCCCAACUUUCUCACCGCGGAGGAGGCAGACUAUCUCGAGAGAACCACCAAAUCCAAAUUCACCAAAUCCGAAGUCGCCGAUUCUCACGGCCACCAACUAAACGCCUCAACCCGCACCUCCCGCUCUACCAGCCUCGCCAGCGACCCCAUCAUCCGCUGCAUCGAAUCCCGCGCCCUCUCCUUCCAAGGCUUCGACACACCCCGCUCCCACCUUGAGCCCCUCCAGCUCGUCACCUACGGCCUCGGCGAAGAGUACCACGCGCACACCGACUGGUUCGAAGCCGCCUCGCAAACCAGCGAUGCGUACGGCGGGAACCGGCAAUCCAGCUUCUUCGUGUACGUCGCAGCAAGCAGCGAUAUCACGGGCGGUGGAACGAACUUCCCGCUGCUGGAUGCGCCGGUGGACGAGCGGUGGUGUAAGUUUGUGAACUGUGACGAGCCGUGGGAGGCCGGGGUGACGUUUAGGCCUGUGCCGCGAAAUGCGGUGUUUUGGGUGAAUUUGCUGAAGGAUGGGAGGGGGGAUAAGAGGGUGGUGCAUGCGGGGUUGCCGGUGACGAGCGGAACGAAGCUGGGGAUGAAUAUUUGGACGAGGGAGAGGGCAUUGCAUCAGACGUUUAGGAGUGAUGGUGCUGAUGACGAGGCUUUCAGCGAGCUGUGACUUGUCGAAGAUAG